ACACGCCAGAUAUUCAUUUGCUGCAGAUAUCUGCAGAUAUCUGUACCGCAAAAUGGGGGUGUGAACGAGGCUUAAGAAUACCGAGGUAAACUCACCGUGACUCAAACCAUCCAAGUGUCACUUACCUGUCAACAUAUUAAAGUUCCCUCAGAAUAACUCCGAGUUGAGUUAUUCUUCUCAGCCAUCAAGGAGAAAAUGAUUCACAGUUUAUUUAUAAUAAAUUCAUCAGGAGAUGUAUUUAUGGAAAAACAUUGGAAAAGUGCGGUCGCGCGAUCCCUGUGUGAUUAUUUUUUUGACCAACAACGUAGAGUUUCUUCACCUGAAGACACGCCACCAGUUAUUGCAACACCGCAUCAUUAUUUGAUCAGCAUAUAUCGCUGCAAUAUGUUUUUUGUCGCUGUGUGUAUGACGGAAGUUCCGCCACUGUUUGUUAUCGAGUUUUUACACAGAGUAGUAGACACGUUUGAAGACUACUUCAGUGAAUGUACAGAAACAAUAAUAAAAGAGAAUUAUGUUGUUGUUUAUGAAUUGUUGGACGAAAUGUUAGACAAUGGUUUUCCGUUGGCGACAGAAUCAAAUAUCCUCAAAGAACUGAUUAAACCACCCAAUAUUUUAAGAACGAUAGCUAAUACCGUAACAGGGAAGUCUAAUGUGAGUGCAAUCUUGCCAAGUGGCCAAUUGUCAAAUGUACCCUGGCGAAGAACAGGUGUUAAAUACACAAAUAAUGAAGCUUACUUCGAUGUUGUUGAGGAAGUUGAUGCUAUAAUUGACAAAACUGGGGCAACAGUUUUUGCAGAAAUCCAAGGCUAUAUUGAUUGCUGUAUUAAAUUGAGUGGCAUGCCUGAUCUCACACUUUCAUUCAUGAAUCCAAGAUUAUUUGAUGAUGUCAGCUUCCAUCCAUGUGUUAGGUUCAAGCGAUGGGAGUCCGAGAGAAUAUUGUCCUUCAUUCCACCAGAUGGUAACUUCCGACUUCUGUCCUACCAUAUCGGGUCACAAAGUGUUGUGGCAAUUCCUAUAUACGUAAGGCAUAAUAUAAGCCUAAAGGAAUCUGGUGGCGGCAGAUUGGAUAUUACAGUUGGGCCUAAACAAACUGUUGGACGAACUGUAGAAAAUGUUAAUAUCGAAAUUCCCAUGCCAAAAUCAGUGUUAAAUUGUAGUUUGGUACCCAAUCAAGGAAAGUACUCUUUUGAUCCAGUCAGUAAAGUACUUGUGUGGGAUAUUGGAAGAAUAGAUGUUGCGAAAUUGCCCAAUCUUCGAGGAAGUAUCACUAUUCAAAAUGGGGCGACCGUCACAGAAUCAAAUCCUGCUAUCAAUGUUCAUUUCACAAUCAACCAGCUUGCUGUAUCUGGCUUGAAAGUAAACAGGCUCGACAUGUAUGGUGAAAAAUAUAAGCCGUUCAAAGGUGUAAAAUAUAUUACAAAAGCUGGUAGAUUUCAAAUCAGAAUGUGAAUCCCCACCGCUAUCAAUUUUAAUAUAUCAAAGGUAGAAAAUAUAUUACUUAUUACAAA